GAGGAAGUUGAAGCAGAGAGGUCGGCUCCUCCGCGUGUGCUGAGUGCGCGUGCGGCAGUCGGGAUGCUAACGAUCCUGCAGGUGUGCGUCCGCCGCCACCUGUGGAGGAGCGCGUGUUCUUCUGCUGCGGGAGCGCAGAGGGGCUCUGGGGCCGCGGGGGGUCGCGGUCUGAGCCGGCCCGGGGUCCGGACCUGCACCGUAGACCCGAACCUGGAGGAGCAGUUCGUGUUUCUGGACUGCACAGAUGCAGAUGAGGACUCCAGUCAGGAGGAGAAAGAGCUCCUCCAUCAACUGAGUGCCACCACUUCCUCCUCCUCCUCCUCCGCUGCUGCGCCCGGAUCAUUGGUCGAUACUCAGUUGUCCCCGCAGAAACACCUGAGGUCUCUCGAGCGUCAGCUGCAGCUGUUGAGGCAUGGCGUCCUGAAGGAGCCGCAGGCAAAGCUGGACUCCCUGAUCCAGUUCCAUGAUGUGGACUUCCCGUUGGACGAGAGCAUUGUGGCUGCAAAGAAGAAAAAGAAGGCGGCUGUGGGGAAAGGCGAGCACAAGAUCUACGGCACCCCCGACGUGGACGAGCCGGUCAGCGACACGUGCUGCUCAGGCUGCGGCGCCAUGCUGCACUGCACUGCCGCCGCUGUCCCUGGCUACCUGCCCAGUGAGAAAUACAAGGUGCUGGUUCAGGAGGGUCGUCUGAGCGGCGCCACCUGUCAGCGCUGCCACCUGCUCACCCACCACCACAAGGCCCUGAACCUGCAAAUGCCCAAAGACCAGUACCGGGACGUGGUGCGGCAGAUUCGCCCGCACAAGGCUCUGGUGCUGCUCAUCGUCGACCUACUCGACGUGCCGGACUCCAUCAUCCCCGACCUGCCUGAGCUGGUGGGACGCAACAAAUACAUCGUUGUUCUUGGCAACAAGAUCGACCUGCUGCCCGGAGACUCGCCGAACUACCUGCAGCGACUCAAGCGGCAGCUCUCUCAGUACUGCAAGGAAGCCGGCUUUGGCGAUCAGGUGACCGACGUCCACCUGAUCAGUGCUAAGACUGGGUACGGCAUAGAGGAGCUGAUCUCCAGUCUGCAGCGGUCCUGGAAGUACAAAGGCGAUGUGUACCUGGUGGGCAGCGCCAAUGCCGGGAAGUCGACGCUCUUCAACACGCUCCUGGAGUCCGACUACUGCAAGUCCAGAGCCUCAAACGUCAUUCACAAGGCUACCAUCUCACCGUGGCCAGGGACAACUCUGAACCUGCUGAAGUUCCCCAUCAUCAACCCGACUCCGUACAGGAUGUUCAAGCGUCAGGAGCGACUGAAGGAGGCGUCGCAGCAAAAGGAGAGCGAGCUGUUGCCAGAAGAGCUAAAAAGGCUGCAGUACUUCAGCAAGCAGGGAUACUUAGUGGGUCGCAUUGGCAGAACAUUCCGGGUUGAAGGAUUCAGACCGAAUGAGAUCCAGUUUGAUCCUGACAGCCUGGCAUUUGGAGAAAACGAAGAUGGCGAGGAGACCACGACAGCUGCCAGCAGGUCAACUGAGGAGCUGAGUCACAACGAGCUAAAAGACGCCCACUGGCUGUACGACACGCCGGGAAUCAUGAAGGAGCUUGAUAUUCUAAACCUGCUGCAUGAACAGGAAGUGAGGUUGGUGGUUCCCACCCAGGCCAUUGUCCCGCGAACGUUCGUUCUGAAGCCCGGCACGAGUUUGUUUGUGGGAGCUCUGGCCAGGAUCGACUUCCUGCAGGGAGAAAAGUCCUGCUGGUUUUCUGUCAUGGCCUCCGAUCGGGUGCCGGUUCACAUCACUAGCCUGGAAAAAGCCGACAGCAUUUAUGAGAAACACGGUGGACACGUGCUGCUGGGGGUGCCUGUCGGAGGCUCGGAGCGCAUGAAGGAGUUCCCUGCAUUGGUUCCUCAGGAGUUCAGUUUGGAGGGUCGGGGUUACCUGGAGGCUGCUGCUGACAUCAAACUGUCAUCUGCAGGCUGGGUGGCUGUGACAGCAGUGGAGGGCGAUCAGCUGCUGUUGAGAGUUCACGGGCCGCAAGCUGCAGGCUUCGGUUUGAGGACGCCGUCGCUGCUUCCUCACGUCAUCUCUCUGAAAGGAGAACGUAUCCGCAAGUCUGCUGCAUACAAACCAAUGAAAGCCGUGGGUCUGCUGCACAGCGGACUGUCGGCCGCCGGAACCGAGAGGCUGCAGGUGAAGAGGAAGAAGAAGAAGAAGAACUGAGCCAAGGGUAGAGGAUGUGGAGGAGGCGCUCUCACCACCAAGACUCUCUGCAGGUGGUUGUAGCUCCACAUCUAGAAGAACUGACCUCUGACCUCAGAGAAUGUGAUUCUGGAUCAAUUUGGCUUUGUUAGAGGAUGUGUGUCGUUUUGUUAAAUAAAUAUACAUAUUUCAUACUGUUAUCGUCAAUGGCGUUUAUACAGCUGGGUCUUAAUGUUCUGACAGUGACAGGCUGAAAUUCAGCCACAAUAAAUAUGAAGUUAUACUAUCGAAAUAAAAUUCACACUUUUAAACCAACAUCCUCACAAACUGGGCCUCCAGUGCCGUUUCCUCACCUCUUUAUUUGUGGUUCUUAAAUAAAUAAUUCACUUGUUUCCCCCGAGAAACUCCUGUUUCUUUCACUCUUUCUGGUAGACUUUAACCUCCUGGACAGUGUUCAUCAUUUGUUUUGUUAUUUUCAGAGCGUCUUCUUUGAAAUGGUUUAUUUUAUUGACGUUGCUCAUAAGUGACAUUAGACUUUGUAUUUCAUUAAGUUGUAAACUAAUUUUCCCUGAGCCAGUUCUGCUAAAGGUCUAUUCCUGGUAAAGGGGAGUUUUUCCUUUCCACUGUCACCACGUGCUUGCUCAUAAGAGGUCAUUUGAUUGUUGGGGUUAUCUCGCUAUUAUUGCAGGGUCUUUAUGCUUGUUGUUGUGAUUUGGCACUAUAUAAAUAAAAUUUAAUUUGUUUUAAAUGUAAGGUGUAAAAUCAGAGGUCUAGGUGGAAAUACCCUCACAUUAAAUCUUUUUACUAUUUAAACUCGUGUUCACAAAAAUCUGUUGGGAAAACUGUUAAUUUGGGGAGUUUUGGUGUUAGCUGGUCAUGAUGCUUUGAUUCCAUUCUGUGCAAAAACACAUCCAUGUGUGAUAUUUUAAAUGUUGUAAAUAUUUAAAGUCACACCAGAUUUUCUUUGAAGUCUGAUUUU